AUGAGCCGUAACUUAGGUAGCCUGUUAGACGACCAGUGGGUUUUGGGGGGAGACGACGAAACACUCAGCCAAAUCCCGUCGACCAGCAAUUUGACUCAGCAGCACACGGGCGGAAUCCCCGACAGCGCCCACCCACUCGCGUCCUGCAAGGUUACGCCAUCGUACAGACCACAACCCUCAGGCGGAGAAAAGACGACGGUUCGCAAACGAGACAAGAGAGCGCCGCCGUCGUUCUUCGACCCAACCGCGUCCAGCAGCGAACGAGGAGAGAACCUUAAUUCUGGAGCCCACCCUGGGCGGCCACUGACGACCUUCGGCUCCGGGAGAGAACGGACAUCGCCCGACGCGCCACGGUCGGCUUGCGCCCGUGCUGUCGGCCGCUCUGGUCUUCCUUGCAUUGCACUGUGCGGCAGCGGCCAGGUUUCCAUCGUUCUUGGGGCUGUCGGCGGCGCCACAGGGAGCCCACAGGGUCGUCAGAGGCCUCGUAGGGGCUCCAAAUCUCGUAUGUACGAAGUAGCACGCGCGACGCACAACGCAUAG